AUGACAGAUUCUUCAAAGAUUACCACAGCCCCUAUGGGAAUACUUUGCUUUUCUUACAGCAAGAACAAGGCAGAUGUUGAGCAGCUGCAGUUUCUGGCCCUCCUCGAGGAGGGGCUGGUGGUCCUCUCUGCCCGGCCCCGGGCCUGCGCGCCGCAAGCUCUCCAAGAGCCCCCAAUUCUGCAGGCCGCGCCCCCCACUCGCAUCCCACCGAGGCCCCCUUCGGGUUUAGCUUGGCUCCCAACUCAACGGCGGGCUCCCCGGACUCCCGGGAACUGGGCACUUUUCAAGGAUCAUGGGUACGAGGCUUUCGAUCGGGUUCUCUCCCCGCAGCCCCGCUGCCGGGUCCCGGCGUGCGCACAACAGGCGGGCACAGGUCCGCGCAGAGCAGGACGCAAAGGCUUGGUCCGCAGCGUGGCCCGGGCACAGCGACCGGGCGCUAACACCCAGGCGCCCUUCCAGCCCCACAUAGGCACCCGGGAGCUACCCACCGCGGACUUCCGAGUCCCGGGGGACGCGGUCCGCACCGCCGACCGGCCCUUCUCCCACCAGCGACGCGGCCCCGGGGCUCCGCGCCUCCCCGGCGAUCCAACACGGCUGCCCUGGGGGCCCCGGGUUGCCGCCCCCGGCGUGGGCGAGCUCUCACUUGGCGGAGAGCGGCCACCUUCCCGCCCGAUGCCCGACGCCAAGGCAAGCGAGCGAGAAGAAAGCGAAGAAAGACGCGGAGCCCAGGGACACUGCGUUGGCCGGGGCUCUCGACUUGCAGCAAUCGUCCCCAAACCCCAACCAGCCGCCCCGCCGCCGCCCGGCCGGCAGGGGGCACAAGGGGAGAGCAGGGUGCGCGGAGGCCGGGCUAAGGGGGGCGGGCUGAGUGGCUCCCCCACAACCUACCCCACCUCUCAGGCUCCGGGUUCCUGCUCUUACCUCGGAGAAAAGUCCGGAGCAGCAAGCGUCGGUUUCGAGUUAGCUCCAAGCCCCUUCCUGCCGGCGCGCUGGCUGCCCCACUCUUCUCAGCCCGCGGGUCGGGGAAGCCAGACGAGCGCCCCGGGCUCGCCCCGCCUCCCUCCCACGCCUCUCGCCCCGCCCCCGGAGACUCCGCCCCGCCCCGGAGACUUGCCCCGCCCCUCUCCGCCCCUAAGGCUCCUCUCCUUCCCCGAGACUCCGCCCUGCUCACCCCCCACCCGGAGGCUCGCCCCGCCCUCGAGGCUCCGCCCCGCAUCGCAGACUCCGCCCCUAAUUGGCGAGGGAGGCGGCCGAGUCGCUGGAGCCGAACUCCGGGCUCCGCGCCGCACGUGUAGCUCCCGGCGGUCCCGCCUUAGACUCAACCAAGUGUCCGACCGGGGGUGCCUUAAGUGA